GUGCGUGAGAUCCUUCUGCAGGGUGCACGUAGUGGAAUCGCUGGAAUCGCCAUGAAAGUGAGCCCAUCUCCAGGGUCUCAUGUGGUGCUGCGCGACUCCGAAGGCACUCAGAAGGUCUUCUUCCUGAAUGCUGGAAGUCGGCCAGAUCUGCGAAUGGGGAAGUAUCCUCCCAUCCCCUUUGAGAUGGUGCUCCAUUCCCCCUACGGCGCCGUCUUGAGGCGUGAGGCAGAUGGAAAAUGGCAGCGCCAAAGACACAGUGUUGAGGCAACGGAAAAGGUGGAGGUUCAAGAGAACAACCAGCACCUGGCACAGGACAAUAGUGCCCAGUCACUCACGCCCGCUGAAGUGAGAGAUUUGAAGCAAAAGUGUUCAGGGGAAGAAGUGGUGGAAGCGCUGGCGUCCAAUAGUUCCACCUUUGCAUCCAAGACCAAGUUCGCCCAGGAGAAGUAUCUCAAGAAGAAAGCGCAGAAACAUGUGCAGCAGGUGACUUUGCUCAGACCCUCAGUUAUGGAGCUUUGUGAAACCUACUACAAGCAGUCUCGAAGCAAGGUUUGCGGCUUGCGCUUUGAUUAUUUAUCGUCCUUAUUGUGCCAAGCAGAUGUCAGGAGCGGCGCGCGCUUCCUCGUCCUGGACGCAGCGGCUGGGCUGGUGACUGGUGCCAUGGCUCAGCAGUUGGCGGGUUUCGGACAGAUCUACCGACUCUUUCGCAACGGAUGUCCCGAAAAGGGAUUCACCGAGUUGGAUUUGUCCGAUGCGGAGAAGCAAACGGUGAGGCCCAUCAAUCUCGAGGCUUUGCAGAGCAGUGAUCCCAUGGCCUGUGAGUGGCUUCGACUUCCGACUGCACAAAGCAAUGAUGCUGAAGGUGAGUCGAUCGCUGGACGGGCAGAGGCACGGAUGACGCGCAUCAUGAAGAGAAGAGAGGACUUCAAAUCCUUGGAGGCCGGUCCUGUCGAUGGGUUGCUCAUGGUGGCGGAUGAUGAUGCGGAGCUCACGCAAGAGGUGUUAGAGCUCUCUUUGCCACGCCUCGCGUACGGCGGGCGCGUGGCGAUGUUUGGCCACCACUUGCAGCCCUUGGCGGCCCUGCAGGGGGCCUGGCGCGCCAACGGCUCGUUCGUGGACGUGCGGCUCACGCAGCUCUUCACGCGGGAGUUCCAGGCCUUGCCCUCGCGGACACAUCCCUUCAUGGUCGCGGAAGCUCAGCUGUGCGAAGGCUUCAUCCUCUGCGCCAGCAAGGUGGUUGGAGAAGAGCCCCGUAACGACGAGCCGCCAAGCAAGAAGAUCUGUACCUGACGUGGAAGAAGCAUCGCAAAAAAGAGUCGCUGGACUUCCAGGCUUUUUUUGAACCCCGG